AUGCAGGACAUUAUUGACCAUUUACCCAAAUUGCCUGAAAUCCAACAGCAAAAACUAACUAUUCCUGAAUUCGACGAAAUAGAAGUGAAACCAACUGACUCAGUAGAAAUAAAGAAAUUCAUACGUAAAGUAAAUUAUGAGUUUCUAGGAUAUCAUUGCAACCAUAAAGUUAUGGACAAAGAUUGCGACAUGGUUUAUAAAAAUAUUUCUGACAUAUAUAAAUCGGUGGAGUUUAAGACAUACGAUAACUUUGUUUCAUUAGUUGCAAAAUGUGUUUGGGAAAUAAGAGAUAAAGAUAGAAGAGGUAAGGUAUGGCAUGAACAGUUAAAACCAGCAGCUUUUGAGUUAAAGAAAACCAUUGACGCCUUAGUUGUUCUAGCUGGUUUUAUUUCAAUGUAUAACGCAAAAAUGAAUCCGCAAUGUUCAAAAUGUAAAGCAGCAAUAAGAAAAUAUAACUACUCAGUCAAAGAGAUAGAAAGAAUGCGAAACGACUAUGCAGACUUAAAGAAAGAAGCAGAAAAGCCAGCAGAAGAUAAAAUGGAUAUGUUGACAUUUCUGAACAAAAACUAUCCAACUGCAGAAGAUUUCCUUCUGUCUGACGUCAAGAAGAAAUAUAAAGAGACUUUCGGCAUGAUUAAAACAUUCGAUGUACUAAAAGAAGAAAUUGAAGCUACGAAAUUGUUUAGGAUUUCAAAUAUACAUCGUACAAUUCAUGUAAAACGCUUGUGA